UAGUAUCGCGGGAAGUUACACUCAAAACAACAGAGUGAAGAGCACCUUAAAUUGUUUGCCAACCGCCAUAAACAGGGAAGGGGAAGACUCGCUGAAGAUGUUUCAGAAGUUAUUGUGCUGAGCAGCUGUCAUCAAAGACCUCAGUUCUGAGUUCAGUCCACAACUGAGGAGCAUUAUUACAAUGUCUUACAGACAGACUAAGGAAGAGCUGGAUGCUGAGUUUGAGAAGUUCCUGAAAGAGUCUGUUUCAGAUGACUCGGUGGAUUUAAGCAGCCCUGACAAGCAGCCCAAAACUAGAAGCAGCCAGAAAUCCAGUGAGAAACCGACAGUUUCAUGGUGGCAAGAUGAUGAAAACAGCAGUGGUGAAUCAUCAAAGACACCAGGUGGGAACAAGAGCGCUAUGGGCCUGGACACACUAGAGGAAGAGGAGGAGAAAGCCAGGUUCUUUGCACAAAUAGAGGCAGGAGCUUCAUCAGCUAUAGAUUAUUCCAAAAUGAACAGAGAGCUGGAUUCAAGCCAUUCUACCUUUGCCACUGAGCUCAGGAAAGAGAAUGGGCCAGCAGUGGAGCCUUCUGCUGCAGCAGUAGCUGUGGGAGAGUCUUCAGGUAGGAGGGCAGUUCUGACGAACAACCCUGUUAGAGACUCUGGGUUUCCUCAUCUCUUUUUUCUCUCAGCCCACUCUGGCUCCCCACAAUACAGUGAAGAUUUUGAAGAUGAGGAUGGAAUAAAAGAGUCGCAAACGAAGCAUGCUCAGCAGUCUCUGCAGCCUUUUUCUACCAACGACUCAGACUUGCCCACAGAAGAGGAGCUGAUGAGGCCCAUACGAGCAGAAGACCACACCAGAGGCUUUACUCUGCAGCCUGUCAGUCAGGAACUGAGGAUGUUCCCACGUGUGACUCCAUCAGAGCUGGACCUGGAGCAGCCUGGACAGAGCCACUCUAGAACCACAGAACCACUCGACCUUGACCUGACCUCCAGUAUCAGGAAGGAAGUGGGAAGACUGAUGCAGGAACAGAAUAAACAUUUUCCCCAAACUCUCUCACUGGUUGGCAACGCAAAAAAAAAAACAACAUCCAAGGGCUCCUCUGUGUUUCGUUCCUGCAUGCUGUCUGAAAGGAAGCUUCCUCUCGCUCCAUCCAGAGGCAGGUUCGGGGACAGCAAGGCAGCUGGGAAGAUGAGCAAAGCUGCUCCUCCCAAAGCCCCCCCCUCAACAAACAAAUCCACAAAAAAACAAGAACAAGAUAGCGGUGGUGCUGCAGCAGAGACAGGUGUGAGGGUAAGCAGUGAGCUGGUGGCGUCCGUUCAGUCCCUGGUGGCUGUCCUCGAGCAGCAGAUGAGCAGUCUCCAUCAUGCUGUGCCUCAGGACUGCAGCUGUACACAAGCCCCUCCUCAGGUCGCAGUAAGACAACAAUUCACCACAGACAGUUCUGUGAUUGAGGCAUUAAGAGCACAGCUGGUCUACAAGGAAAAGGAGUUGCAGAUGAUGAAGGAUGAUGCUGAGGAGGUCAACUCACUGAGACAACAGAACUACCUGCUGCAGAGCAAGCUGCGCAGUGCAGAGGAAGCCAGUCAGAGGGGAUGGCUGGAGGCUGCAAAUCCUGGCGCUGACGACAAAAUCCAGCUAAUAGAGAAAGAAAUGAAGGAGCAGGAGAUGCUCAUCAAAGGUUACCAGCAGGAAAAUGAGAAGCUGUAUGUAGAGAUGAAGGCUGAGCACAGCAGGAGUAAAGCCAAUCAGGACGCCAUGUUAAAUGAGAACCAGGAGCUGCUCAGCCAGCUGGCUGUCACCAGGGAGCAGCUGAGAAGAAGCUCCAGGCCUGUGAGCAACGUGUGUGCAAUGGAUCACACUAAACGCAUCUCUGACUUGUUGGCUCAAAUCAACACCCACCAGCAGAACGAGGCCAGACUAUGUGAGGAGAACAGCAGGCUGGAGCAGGAGAAGCAGUCCCUGCAGGUGGAGCUGCAGCUGAUAAAACAGGAGCAGCAGUUGGCCAAAGCGCAGGCCUUCUCCAUCUCAGGGGGAGAUGAGAUGUCUGAGCUGCAGAGCCUGCAGCAGCAGCACAGGGAGGAGGUGGCAGCUUUCAAGAGUAAGCUGCAGUGGUUUGCAGAGAACCAGGAGCUGCUGGACAGAGAUGCUGGCCGGCUAAAAGCAGCAACAGCUGAGAUAGUCCAACUCAAAGAACAGGUGGAAAACCUGAAGAGGGAAGUAGGCAAAAGAAGCAGCGAUGUGCAGAGAAAGGCCAGAGACAGACCUGCAGACACAAAGAAAAUGCAGGAUCUGCAGCGGCAGGUGAAGGAAUUGGAGCAGAUCCUGAGAAGCAGGAACCCAAACUCUCUACCAGCCCUCAUCUAUGCUGCAGCCACGGCCGCUGGCGGGGAGGUCACCUCCAGCGGGACGCACCCUCCCAGCACAGUCAACGUUCUUCUGGAGCGCAGGAUUCAGCAGCUGGAAUCUGAGCUGGAAAGUCACGAUCAAGAGGCCAAGCGAACCCUGAGGGCCAUAGAGCAACAGUUCCACCAGAUUAAGCUGCGUUACGAGCAACAGAUAUGUGAACUGGAGCAGCAGCUGGAACAAAGACAGCCGCCCGCAGCAGCGGCCACGGUGGCGGAGGCAGGGUCAGAUGCAUGGAUAUCUAAAUGUCAGGGUCUGGAAAAGGAGCUGCGGCAGAUAAAGGACAGACACCAGCAGAAAGACAAACAUCUGCAGGACCAGAUAGAGUCUCUGCAGCAGCAGCUCAAACACAAGGCACAGCCGAGUCCAGGGCGACACCAGCGCCAAGCUGAGGUGGCGUUAGGAGGCCAGAUCAAGUGGCUGAACCAGGAGCUGGCCACUAAGAGCCGCACCAUUCAGGAGCUGAGCCGGAUGGUAGAGAGGCUGCAGAGGGAGCCCAGGAGCAUGCCGUCUAUGCCCUGCCAGCGAUCAGAGAGCCAUUCAGCAGAGAGCAGAGCUCAGGAAUCUGCUGCUGCAGCAGAUGGCAGCACACAGGCAGGAAGGUUUCCUGCAGUUCAGUAUGAGAAGACCUACCAGCCGUCUGUGUUCACAGGAAGCCAUGUCUCUGAGCUGCAGCAAGAGAACGAGGCUCUGAGUCGGCGUGUGGAACUGUUCCAGCUGCAGAGUGAGCAGAAGAAGGAGGAACUGAAGGCCAACGCUGUUCAGGCAAAGGAGGAGCUAUUCAGGCUGAAAGAAGAAUUUGCAGAGCAGCUCUCCUGUGUGAAGGCUGAACACCUCAGGGUGCUGAAGCAUCUGCAAGCCACCCAUGCCCUGGAGCACUCAUCCUCCAAGGUUUCAGAACUGAGCAAUAAGCUCAACAACCAGGAGAUAGCAAUGAAACGCCUGCAGCAGCAGCUGAAGGAGCUGCAGGAAUGUAAAGAGGCUCUCUCCAUCUCCAGGCGCAGAGAAGAAGCUCUGCAGAAGCAGUUAACCAAACUGCUGCAGGAGCUGAAGGAAGCUAAAGAAGCUCAGAGCUCUGAGGUGAAACUUCUGAGCAGUCUGGAGAGGAAGAUCAUUAGCAUGGAGCUCAGACAUGAGCAUAGAAAGAAGGAGCUGCGGCAGGUUAUUGCCGAAACGUUUCAGAUGUCAACAGAAGACCUGCAGUCAGAGGUGGAGCGGUGGCGGCGCCUGGCUCAGGACAAGAGCAGCGAGCUGGACACUUUCCGCUCAGAGCUGGACUCCAUACUGGACAUCCUGAGACAUCUGCAGAAACACGGAGCGGUCCUCCCCGCUCUCAAACCUGGGCGUACAGCCUGUCUCCUGUAGAGUACCAUGGAAUCUGUUAGCAUGGAAACUUCACCCUGCAGAGUUUGCACUGUAAUGUUAGCCAGCACAUAGACGACACUGUCCUGUUCUCAGAUCAGUGCUUCUAACAGACAGGCAUUUUCAGAUUUUUGCAUCUAAUUUAUUAUUAAAAAAAAAAAAAUUAAUAUAUAGUGUGCAUGCACUAACGUGUAUGCACCCUGUUGCGGUUACUCCUCUCAUUGUUUUCUUUUUAAAAUAUUUUAAAUAAUUUUUCAAUUAUUUUAUUUUACCACUUUAAUUAUUUUAAUUAGUCUGUUUAUUGGUGAAUUAUCACCCAACGUAAAGUUUUUUUUCUGUGCUGAAAAUUGUUGAAUACCAUGUCUUCAGUACAAUUAGACAUAACCUUGUCUAAUAAGUGCUUAAUAUGUAAAAGAUCUAAAUUAAACUUCAUAACACUCCAGUGAAGUAUCAGUUUCUUAAAUCCCCAUUUUCUGCUUCUUUUGCUGAAAUAAAGCAGUUUUUUUCACACUUUACUGUGAAGCUCAAACACAACACAAUGAUUAAACAUGUUCUAGUCUAAAAUCUUUGUUCAGUAUUCUGAGGCGUUAAAAGAAAAUUUACAUAAUCGCUCCAUUUUUCUCUUCUGUCACUGAGAUAAAGCUACUUUUCCUACCUUUGCGCUAACUGCACUGAGGCAGACCGCGAUUGUACUGCUUAGAGGUGGCCUAGUGGAAAAGUGCCUUUAGAGAUGCUUCAUGACCCUGAAAAUUUCUCUAUGGAAACUGAAGAAAUGGUGACAAGUGAUGGGCAGAUGAGGCCUCACUUGGUGUGUGGCACAUUUCCCAAACUCUGUCGACACUGUGCUGAGACUGUGUUGCUUUGUCACUUACAGUAACAUCUGCUGGAUUUAGAAAGUCAUUGCAGGCAAAUUCAAUAAAGACUGGAGUGUUAAGUGGUUCAUGCCCCUCAUGCCGGGGCACGAUAAUGCCUCAGCAUUGUAGAAGAGCUCCGGUUACAGUACGAAACAAAACCUGGGAGCAAAUCCGACAUUUUUCACCUUCGAUAUAAAUAAAAUAUCCCAUGGAAAGGAAUUUGAAUAAUUCAAAAGAAAACUUAUCAAAAGUGGAAAUGAGGAUGGAAUAAUUAUUUUCUGUGAUAAGAUCAAAAAUGAUCAAACACGGGAGAAAACUUCCUCUUCCUCUGUUGAUUCAUAACACUGGUAUUCAAAUACGAACCAAAAGCCAAUGCAAAGAACACAAAGUAUCUUAACUUCAUGGUUUGGAAGGGUUAUUAAACCAGUCGCUUGAUCCGUCCAUGGCUGUCAUUGAGGCACUUCAUGAUAAGAGUGAUGUUCAGUCACUUUUUCAGUCAUUGAUGUUUCCAAAUUUUUUUAUGUGACUCCUGCCAGUGAGUAGGAUUGUGUUUUUCUCCUACUCCAGGAUUUUCUUUGCAGAAGUAAAUCUAUAUAUUUACUUUUGUGUAGUGGGGUGUAAAAGGCACCUCUGGUUGUCCAUGGGAUCCCAAGGGAUUUCUCUAGAAUCUAGAGAAAUCUAGAGUCUAGAUACUGAGCGGAUCUCUCGUCUCCUGACCCUAUUGUAGGAUAGCUGUUGCUGAUGUUACAUUGUUCCAGUGACAAAAAUGAAUCUACUCUGUACUGAGUGUCUUUUACACUGAUUUUCAUUUUGUGUAAUUGUAGGGGGGUGGAUAUUACCGGCUGUAUUUCUCUUUUGUUAUAAUUACACAAAAUAACUUUAAUUUUGGUUAUUUGUAUUGUUCCUACCUGACUGUAACACCUUUGAAAACUCUGUCAUUGUUUUAACUGUGUGACUUUAAGACCAGGGCACCCCUCCUCUUCAUUUCUCCUUCUGUUGUAUUGUAAUUAAAUUGUCUGCGUCUCUUAGCCCUUCCCUUUUGAGAUGUUGUCCUGUGCAUCCAGUUUCUUUAUAGAUUGAUUAAGUUUGAAUUUGUUAUCACAAUUGUAAUAUUGUGUAAUAUUCCUUAAUGUGAAUAUUUAAGUGAACUAACAAUAGUAAAGUAGGAGAAAUUAA